AUGGCUGCACAAAUGAAGUCGUCUUUCGGCUCCACCGGGCAAUUGUGGAAUGAGCAGAAGCUCGCCGGGAAGCCAGCUGGGUUCUUUGUUAGCACCGGAACUCAAGGCGGCGGUCAAGAAACCACGGCGUAA